AUGUUUUCUAAGCUAUCAAUAAGUGCUUGGAAUAUAAAUGGUUUAAAGCAUUAUACUCUUGGCGAUAAGCUAAGCAAUAAUGACUUCAUAGAUAAUAUAAAAGACCAUGAUUUGAUAUUUUUAACUGAAACAUGGUCUAAAGAAAUUAAUAGCAUUCCUGGUUUCAAGGCGAUAUCCUCACUUACGGCAACCCCUAAAUCAAACUCCAGUUGCCGUCUGUCUGGAGGAAUUUCGCUUCUAUUCAAAAAAGAGUUUGAAAAUAUAAUUUCUCUCGAAAAACGAACUAAAAAUUUCUUGUGGUGUCGAAUAGACAACACAAUCCUAGACUCUACAAAGGACUUAUUUAUUUGUGGAGUCUAUAUUCCUCCUCAAAACUCACGUUACUUUGACGAGGAAAUAUUUGAUGAUCUGGAAAAUGAUGUAGUGUAUUUCUCAAAAAAAGGAAAUGUUAUGCUGCUGGGGGACUUUAAUGCCCGUACCAGCAAACUUGAAGAUUUUGUCUCAAAAGAAGGAAAUACCUUCAUAAACGAUAUUACUGAAACCUCUUUUCAACCAAAAAUGAGGGAAAGUUUUGAUAACUAUAUUAAUAAACAUGGCAAAUGUCUGAUUGAGAUUUGCAAAAACUGCAAUCUGAGAAUCCUGAAUGGUAGAACCCUUGGUGACUCAUUUGGUAAACCAACUUCCCACAGCCAAAAAGGCUCAAGUGUGGUUGACUACAUAAUUUGUGGCCAAGAACUAACCCAAACCAUCAAAAACUUUAUUGUCAAACCACCAACGUAUCUAUCUGACCAUAGUCAACUAGUGACUUGGAUUAAAAGAGCUCCUACUCAUGUCCCUAUCAGUGAGACUACUCACACGCAACAACCUAAAACACAUAGGCUUCCACAACAAUUCGUAUGGGACAAUGACUCAAUGACUAAGUUUACAGAAAAUCUUAAAUCAUUUCAAACUCAACAAAAUCUUCAAUAUUUGAUUAAUUCCAAUCCAUCUCCUUCAAAGGAAGAUGUCAACUUGUUUGCCUCAAAAGUAGAAGAUUUAAUUAUGCAUGCUGCUAAAAAAUCCAUGAAAAUCAAAAAGAACAAAUACAGAAAUAAAGCGUCCAAUGUCUGUAAUAAAAAAUGGUUCGACAAAGAAUGUCGACUGCAAAGACAUUCAGUAAGAAGACUCGCAAACCAAAAACACCGUGAUCCCGUUAACACAGAAAUAAGGGACAAAUACCAUGCCACACUUAAGAUUUAUAAAAACACUCUAAAACGCAAAAAAGAACUUUUCCAUGAAAAAAAAACUAGAAGAACUGGAAAGAGUUUCUGA